GAUGCCAGACACUUCGCUUUAAUGGGCGCCAUCGCAGACAAGAUAAAAAUACAGUUACCACGGUCGCUAGUBUACAGUCUAAAGGAAGAAGUUCAUCCUAUCUUGGUAGAAACAGUGCAAGGCUAUAAAAGAGAAGUUGGGAAGAAACACAGACUGACCAUCCAAGCACAACAGCGCCUGGAAGAACUCACAAAAGAACUCGAAAAACCACAUUAACUUUCCAACGUAUCAAAUCAUUGUAGAUGUCUUUUGAAUUUCAUAAGUUUAUAUUAUUUUAACAUAUAUUAAAAAAAUACUUUUUGAUUGAA